UCCUGCGAUGCGCGUCUGAGGGAAUCUUCUCGGACCCGGCAAAACUAGAGAGCUUCAGAGUAUUUUCCGAAAAUUUUUCUGCGGACCCUCGGACCGAUGUUGCGGCCGCGCUUGAAAGAAACGGAUCGAUUCACGCGUUUAGCGGGCUCCCUCCUGCCUCUUCGAUCUCGCUGCUUCUCCACGCAGCCUGCGAUAGAAUCCGACAGUGAGGCCGAUGGCUCGAAAAGCGACCUCCCUAAACCAUACAGAACAAAUGUGGAUUCGCCGUCAAAACACCAGAGGCAGCAUCUCGCGAAGUUUUACACGGUUCCGAAAAGCAUCGAAAGGAGCUUAUUCGGAAUUUUCCAGCACACCAAGCAAAGCCGACAGCUUAAUUCCUUCAUGGGAGAAAUGGGCGUGAUGGUCAGAGAACCCUUUCUAGAAAUACGGGAGUACAUCGAGUCUUAUGAUUAUUCACAACCCGCACUCCGCAUGGUGGUUUACGGGAAAUUGGGUGUCGGGAAGUCUUUCAUUUUGGGACAUACGCUCCAUUACGCUGUGGAGAACAGCUGGCUCGUGAUCGCAAAUUCAUGGAUGCCGGAGUGGUUGAAACGUCCGAAGGAUACCCAGCCCAAUGCGGAGGAUCCGACGAUUCUGGAAACGCCAGUGGAGGGAGCUAUCUGGCUCCAACAUUUCCGUGCCAUCAACGAACGUCUCCUGGAGAAGUUACAACUGAAAACAACCUCGACAUGGAAAUUCAGCGACACAGAGGUCAUCGCCGAAGGAGAACCUCUCAUAAAGCUGGUCGCUCACGGCAUUGAUCGUAUGAAACACUCGAACCAAUGUGUUCGGAGCCUUCUGCACGAAGUCAAAAAGCAGACCAACGAGGGUAAAACUAAAACCAUGGUCGUUUUGGGAGGCGUCAAUUGCUUGUGGGAGACCUCCUAUGUGAAAGAUCCCAAGAAACAGUUCAUCCCAGCGAGAAACUUCCAUUUGCUGCAGAGCUUCAAAGAAAUUCUGAAAAACGAUUGGAAGAACGCUUCGGCGGUGGUCAGCGUGGCCGCGCCGGCGCUAUCCCUGACACAUAGGAACUUGGAGUUGGAAACUGUUCCUAGUUACAUGCCGCAGUACCUCUUGGGUAAAGAGGGUUUCGAAUUCUUCGAGCCCUUCGUGCCUAUCCGCGUAGAGAAAUAUUCUGAUAAAGAAGCCGAAUCUGUGCUCGAAUAUUACACCGAUAUGAAUUUCAUACAACACCCCAAAGGGAGAACAGAAGCAGCUCGCAACGAAUUGAAAUUCCUCAGCGGACGGAACCCUCGAGAGUUGCGCGGUCUUUGCGGAUGGAUAUGA